AUGGACGAUGAACUUCCUUCAGUGGUUACUCAACAAGAACUAAUAGAUGAAGACAAAGGUCCAGAAAUCUUCCUCGAUGACCCAGAUAAAUUUCCAGAAGGUGGUAAAGAAGCAUAUAGAGUAUUGCUAGGGUCGUUUUUGGGGUUGACGGGGGUUCUUGCCUUUGUGAACUCUGCUGGUGUACUUGAAAAUUACAUUCAAGAUGAAUUAUUACCAGAUGUGAAGACUUCUACUAUUGGUUGGAUAUUUUCAUUGUUCAAUUUCCUAGGAUUUGGUAUGACAUUGGUUCUGGGACCCAUAUUUGAUAAAAUAGGUUGUAAAAUCCCCAUAGCUAUAGGUACAAUACUAUUAACGUUGGGAUUUAUGUUUGCAUCAUUAUCUUCUACUAUUUAUCAACUUAUUUUAAGUUAUGGAAUACUAGGUGGAUGCGGUAUAGCGUUGACUUUUGGACCAUUUGUUGGUGUAUUAAGUCAUUAUUUCUUAAAGAAAAGAGCUAUGGCUAUAGGUGGUGCUUAUAUUGGGGGAGCUAUUGGAGGUGUAGUGUUUCCAAUAAUGUUCAGAUCUCUAUUCCCUAAAUUAGGGUGGGGGUGGACAGUUAGAAUAGGUGGGUUUAUAUGUUUUACACUAUUAACUUUGGGACUUAUAUUAGUAAAAGAUAGACAUAAAGAAUUUCAAGAUCCCAACAAUACAGACUCUAUAACCAAACAAGUAUUUAAAUCUAUCGAUUUCAGGAUAUUCAAAAAUAAAGUCUAUACCAGUUUAGUACUUGCAUUAUUCGGCAAUGGAUUUGCCUUUUUAAUUACAAUGACUUACUUACCUUCAUAUGCUGUAGCAUUAGGUUCUUCAUCAUCUACUUCAUAUUUAUUAUUGGUUGUAUUUAAUUCAUUAUCUAUACCAGGUAGAGUUAUACCUUCCUAUAUUGCAGAUAAAUACGGAAGAUUUAAUGCAGUAUGUAUUAUUUCCACUAUAUCUACUUUGGCAUUCUUCUUAAUCUGGGUUAAUAGAAAAUCAGGUCAUACUAUAGGAGGAUUGUUUGCAUUUGCAGCUGUAUUUGGGUUCAGUUCCGGAUCUAUUUUAUCAUUAACUCCAGCAACCAUAGGUCAAGUCUUUACAGUAGAUAAAAUAGGGGCUGGUAUAGGAACGGCAUUCUUUGUAUUAUCCUUUGGAGAUUUAAUAGGUAUACCAAUUGGAGUCUUACGAUAA